UAUGCACAAUAAACACAGCUGGAAAAAAAUCAUUACUUUGCAUUGUUAGAGAAUUUUCGUGGACGUAUUAAAAAGCAUAAUUUUCUUAUUAAAUCAAGAUAAAAUCGCUACAUUAAAAUAUGACUGACUCCAAGUAUUUUACAACCACCAAGAAAGGUGAAAUCUUCGAACUCAAAUCAGAGUUGAAUAAUGACAAGAAAGAGAAGAAAAAGGAAGCAGUAAAGAAGGUCAUCGCCAGUAUGACUGUCGGCAAAGAUGUGUCUGCAUUAUUUCCUGACGUGGUCAACUGCAUGCAGACCGAUAAUCUGGAGUUAAAAAAAUUGGUUUAUUUGUAUUUAAUGAACUACGCCAAAUCUCAACCUGAUAUGGCAAUUAUGGCUGUUAAUACAUUUGUGAAGGACUGCGAAGAUUCCAAUCCUCUUAUACGCGCAUUAGCUGUUCGCACAAUGGGUUGCAUACGUGUCGAUAAGAUAACCGAAUAUUUAUGUGAGCCACUACGUAAGUGCUUGAAGGAUGAAGAUCCCUAUGUGCGCAAAACUGCGGCUGUUUGUGUUGCCAAACUUUAUGAUAUCUCCUCCUCAAUGGUUGAAGAUCAAGGCUUUUUGGAUCAACUCAAGGACUUGCUCUCUGAUUCCAAUCCCAUGGUGGUUGCUAAUGCCGUUGCCGCACUUAGCGAAAUCAACGAAGCCAGUCAAUCUGGUCAACCAUUGGUUGAAAUGAACUCUGUGACCAUCAAUAAAUUGCUGACAGCGCUAAAUGAAUGCACCGAAUGGGGUCAGGUAUUUAUACUCGAUUCUCUGGCUAAUUACAGUCCCAAGGAUGAACGUGAGGCCCAAUCUAUCUGUGAACGUAUUACGCCACGUUUGGCACACGCCAAUGCCGCUGUUGUUUUGAGCGCCGUAAAGGUGUUGAUGAAAUUAUUAGAAAUGCUUUCCAAUGAUAGUGACUUUUGUGCAACACUCACCAAAAAGUUGGCACCACCUUUAGUUACACUGCUUUCAUCAGAGCCCGAAGUCCAAUAUGUGGCACUACGCAACAUUAAUUUGAUUGUUCAAAAGCGGCCAGACAUACUUAAGCAUGAGAUGAAAGUAUUCUUUGUCAAAUAUAAUGAUCCCAUUUAUGUGAAGCUGGAGAAAUUAGAUAUUAUGAUACGUUUAGCUAAUCAGACCAAUAUAGCACAAGUCUUGAGCGAGUUAAAGGAAUAUGCCACAGAGGUGGAUGUUGAUUUUGUGCGUAAGGCCGUGCGAGCCAUUGGACGCUGUGCUAUUAAGGUGGAGCCUUCUGCCGAGCGUUGCGUCUCCACUUUGCUCGAUUUAAUACAAACGAAAGUCAACUACGUUGUCCAAGAAGCCAUUGUUGUCAUUAAGGAUAUCUUCCGCAAAUAUCCCAAUAAAUAUGAGAGCAUCAUUAGCACUUUGUGUGAAAAUCUUGAUACGCUGGAUGAACCCGAGGCACGCGCAUCGAUGGUUUGGAUCAUUGGCGAAUAUGCUGAGCGCAUAGAUAACGCCGAUGAAUUGCUGGAUAGUUUUUUGGAGGGCUUCCAGGAUGAAAAUGCGCAAGUGCAGUUACAAUUACUUACCGCUGUAGUGAAGUUGUUCUUGAAGCGUCCAUCAGACACACAAGAGCUCGUACAGCAUGUGCUCUCAUUGGCUACACAAGACUCUGAUAAUCCAGAUUUGCGUGAUCGCGGUUUUAUAUACUGGCGUUUACUAUCCACUGAUCCGGCUGCUGCGAAAGAAGUAGUACUGGCUGACAAGCCUUUGAUUUCAGAGGAAACUGAUUUGUUGGAACCCACACUCUUGGAUGAGUUGAUUUGUCACAUCAGCUCUUUAGCCAGCGUUUAUCACAAGCCACCAACAGCUUUUGUUGAGGGACGCGGCGCCGGUGUGCGCAAGUCUUUGCCAAAUCGCGCCCCCACCGCCGGCACUGCUGAGCCAGAGGCUGGUGGUGAAGCCAUGGUUAUACCAAAUCAAGAGUCGCUGAUUGGCGAUCUGUUGUCUAUGGAUAUAAAUGCGCCCGCCAUGCCAGCGGCUGCACCAACAACCAGCAAUGUUGAUUUGCUCGGCGGCGGUUUGGAUAUUUUGCUUGGCGGUGGGCCUGCUGAACCAGCGGCUGGUGGAGCAACCAGCCUAUUGGGCGACAUAUUCGGCCUAUCUGGCGCCUCGCUCAGCGCGGGCGUGCAAAUACCGAAAAUCGUUUGGCUACCCGCCGAAAAGGGCAAAGGUCUUGAAAUACAAGGCACAUUCUCGCGUCGUAAUGGAGAAAUUUUCAUGGAUAUGACGCUUACCAACAAAGCCAUGCAACCCAUGAGCAACUUUGCUAUACAGUUGAAUAAGAAUAGCUUCGGUUUAUUGCCAGCCUCGCCCAUGCAAGUUGCGCCAGUGCCACCAAAUCAGACUACCGAGGCUACACUACCCUUGGGUACACAUGGUCCAGUGCAACGCAUGGAACCGCUCAAUAAUUUACAAGUGGCCGUUAAGAACAAUAUUGAUAUAUUCUACUUUGCUUGUCUCGUGCACGGCAAUGUGCUCUUUGCCGAGGAUGGGCAGCUGGAUAAGCGCGUCUUCUUGAAUACUUGGAAGGAAAUACCCGCCGCCAAUGAGGUGCAAUACAGUUUGAGCGGUGUAAUUGGAACCACCGAUGGCAUUGCCUCGAAAAUGACAACCAAUAAUGUAUUCACCAUUGCUAAGCGUAAUGUUGAGGGUCAGGAUAUGUUGUAUCAAUCACUCAAGUUGACCAAUAACAUUUGGGUUCUGCUCGAAUUAAAGUUGCAGCCUGGUAAUCCAGAUGCUACCUUGAGUUUGAAGUCGCGUUCAGUAGAGGUGGCGCCAAUGAUAUUCGCCGCCUACGAAGCUAUCAUACGUUCGCCUUAAGCGACUGGAAAUUAGUAUCGAAGAAUAAAACAAAAAAAUAUUGUUAGAAUUUAUUGCAUAAAUAAAUAGAAAAAUGAGCGCAAAUGAGCUACAAAACUAUAAUCGCAAAUAAAUAACCAAUUCGAAAUUUAUCUCAACUACAAGUAUUCUAUAACAGCGUAAAGCUAUUAUUUUUUAAUGUCAUUUAACAAAAAUAUUUAAAAAAUUGCUUUAAAUAAGCAAAAUGGUUAAAAAAGAAAUGUUUAAUGAUUAUCAAAUGCAUAAUGGCUGAAAUAUAUCUGUAUGUAAUUUGAAAAAAAAAAACAUCCCCAAAUUUUGAAAUAAAAUAUCUUUAAACUAUAA